AUGCUCUAUCACAGAUGGCAUUGCACUGGCCGUAUUCAUACAUUAGGAGAGAAGAUUCUUAAGACUACUAUACAUAAUCACGUCCCAGACAAAGCUUACAUAGAGGCAAGAAAAGGUAUUGAAAAUUUGAAGACUAUGGCUGCGCAAGUUGGUCCCAGCACCCAGUUGGUAAUAGCAUCUAUUUCCGAAGGCUUAUCUGCUUCGGCGGCUGCAACACUUCCAACUCCACCAAUAUCAUCAAUGAAAAGGACAGUCCAACGACAAAAGCUGGAAGACUUUCCUGCAAUCCCGAACUCAUUACUUGAAUUAAACAUUCCUGAAAAUUCACAAAUAACAUCAGAUUCUUCAUCCGAAUCCAACAGUACGGUGCAGACACCCCUUUUUACAACUUUGUAUAAUGAAACUCCAUCAACAUCAAGCAAAGUUCCAAUACUCCGAAGAACAAUGCCAAAGAAAAGGAAUGCCCAAGAAGCUAUUAUCGACAAAAUGUCAUCAUGCUUUUAUAAUUUGAAUAAAAGGGUCCAGUCAGCUCCUACACCAGACGAAGAUCUGCAUUUUGCAAGAAGUUUAGCGCAGGAUAUAAAAAUUUUAACACCCUUACAAAAAAUUCAAUUUAAAAGGACAAUUUACGAACUUUUAGAAAAUGUUGCAAGCGAAACUUUGUAA